GCACUUAGGCUAUCUGCUACGGUUUACGGCAGAGGUCGUCCCCAUACGGCAGGCCACCAUUUUACUCCAGGAGAGCAGAACCCGCUCGCACACAUUGAGCUAACCCUUGGCCAGACGGUGUGUGUUCUACAGUAGGUCUUUUCUUGUCGUUGUUUAUCUUCUUUUUAACUGCGAGUUGGUCCAGGAGACCUGCAUACACCGUACGCUUCUUCCUCCGGUCCAUGGUGUGACAUUUGUCAAACUGCGGAGGAGAGAAGGUGAAAGAUGACGCAGUUUCUCCCACCGAACCUGCUGGCCCUCUUUGCACCGCGGGACCCCAUACCUUUCCUGCCUCAGCUGGAGAAGCUGCCCCAUGAGAAACAUCACAACCAGCCUUACAGUGGCAUCGCACCGUUCAUCAGGCACUUCGAGGAUCCUAGAGAUGCUCCUCCACCAACAAGAGCAGAGACCCGUGAGGAGCGGCUGGAGAGAAAGAGGCGAGAGAAGAUUGAGAGAAGGCAAGCAGUGGUGGAGACAGAACUUAAGCUUUGGGACCCCCACAAUGACCCUAAUGCACAAGGUGAUGCCUUCAAGACUUUAUUUGUUGCACGAGUGAACUAUGAUACUACAGAAUCCAAGCUUCGGCGUGAGUUUGAGGUCUAUGGCCCCAUUAAACGGAUUUACAUAGUCUACAACAAGAGGACGGGGAAGCCUCGGGGCUAUGCAUUCAUUGAGUAUGAGCAUGAACGAGACAUGCACUCCGCCUACAAGCAUGCAGACGGGAAGAAGAUUGAUGGUAGAAGGGUGCUGGUGGAUGUGGAACGAGGACGCACUGUCAAAGGAUGGCAUCCUCGCAGGCUAGGUGGUGGAUUGGGUGGCACUAGGAGAGGUGGAGCCGAUGUCAACAUCAAGCACUCUGGCCGAGAUGAUGCAUCACGUUAUGAUGAUCGCCCCUUGGGGGGUGAUCGGGACCGUGGAGACCGGAGGGAGCGCAGCCGUGAGCGCGACCGGGACAAGGACAGAGACCGCCGUAGGUCCCGAUCCCGCGAACGCCGUCGACGUACCCGUUCCCGGGAGCGAGAGAGGGAGAGAGACAGGCAGAUUGGAGGAGGAGAGGACAACAGCGGUAGUAGCCGGCGUCGAGAGCGAGAGAGGGAGCGUGGGGGGGCAGCAGGAGGAAACAGCAGGAGUAGGGAGAGGAGUCGAGACCGGAAGAGAAGGAGCAGGAGCCGGGAUCGCAAGAGGGACAGGGAGAGAGGCAAGGGGCUGGAUGGGGAGGAGGUCAGCCAGGGAGACGCUGCCCCUGAAGGUGGGGAGCGGAUGCUAGAGGAACAUGAAGGAGAAGUGGGUGAAGGCAUGGAGGAGCGUAGAGACAGGGACAGAGAAAGGGACAGGGAACGAAGGCGUAGCCAUAGGGACAGAGACAGGCGCAGGGGAGACCGAGACAGGGAGCACAAAAGGGAGCGGGGAGAGAGAGACAGAGGUGACCGCAGAGAAGAGCGUCAUGGAUCCUUACGAGACGACAUGGGCCCCCAGGAUGACAUGGGCAACGAGGAUGAGGGAGGAGCGCCAUCACACAUGGAAGAGUACAGUCAGGAUGGGAUGAUGAUGGACCAGCAGUCAGUGCCAUCAGCUGACGGCUAUGGCUCCAGUGAGAAUGGCUACAAGAUGGAGGCACCAGGAGAUGAGUACUGAGAUGGCCCCUCUCUCAGCAGAUUGCCACUCACACAGUAGUUGUUUCAUACUGUACUUUAACUUAGCCUGUGACUUUCUGCCAGGGCACACAAAGCCUAGAUGAAGUCAGGGCCCACGCAGUAUCAGACAUCUAGAUAGCUUUCCUACUAUGUCAAGAAUCUGUUGAAAUAUUCCACGUGAUGUUGUUGCAUACGCAGUUGAUGCAUAUAAAUGAUUUGAUCUUGCUAAUAGUUGCAGCUUUCCUGCAUUGCCCAACUAAUCCGUGCCACUAAAUGUUAUCAGAUUACUUUAGGGAUUCAAGCUAGGUAUGUUUUUUUUGUUUUGUUUUGUCCCCCCCCCCCUCCUCUCUCUCUCUCUCGGCUUGGGAUGAACUGUAAUGACACAAGCUCUAUCCUUUUGAGAUGGUUUGUUUUGUGUUUUAUUUCCCUAUUCAUAAAGCAGUUACAUUGCAUGCUUAUUUGGGUCCAGUUACUGGUUUCUGCUCAAUGUAUGUCAAUUUGAAGGAAAUAUAGUAUUGUGUGAUAAUUGAGGGCUCUUCUGUUGAUUCAUUAUGGAAUAUUUUUUUUUGUCUGCUGUUUGUAUGUUAGAUUUGCAGGGUUAUUUUAAUAAAGAUG